AUGAAGUUCCUGCUGUUGGCUUGUGUUGUGGUCUCGUGUUUUAUUUUGUCAUGGUCCCAAUUGGUGCCGUCUCCACCCGAAGCAGCUUUAUCUGACGCUUCCAAAAACUGCAUGGUUAAGGAAAAUGUGGAUUCCGAAGCAGUUUUUGGCUUCAAAAGUGGGAAGAUACGACCCGAAGAUGUAUCAGCAGUUUUCAAAUGUUUUGUCCGUUGUGUCGUGGAAGCCAAAGGAUAUAUGAAAGAUGGGGAACUUUUGGAGGAAAACGUAGUUAAGGCUGCUGAAAAUAUUACAAGUGUUGAACAAGUGCGGAAAAUUAUAUCCAAUUGCAAGGUUCACAAAGGAAGUAAUGUCUGUGAGACAAGUUUCAAUAUUUACAUGUGUAUUAGUAGUGAAUUGAAAUAA